GUCAGUUAGCAACAAAAUGGCCGCAGCUGACCAUUUUCUGCCUCCCUUCAGCGGAACAGCGCUAGAGCUCUGAGGGGAAAGCCGAGGAAAAGUGCGAGCAGCUGAGAGGAAGCCCUCCCCCCUCAGCGCCGCCAGGCCCCGCACACACCUGAAGGAGGUGACGGCGCCCUGCGGAGGGAGCCUGGCCGUGUCCCGGGGGAGAGGCGCGCAGCUCCCGGACUCCCUGUCAUCCUCUCCGAAGACACAAGCGCUUCUUGUCCUGGCGCCGCUCCCCGCUCUUCCUGCCUCCCUGGAUUCCGCUUGGUCUCCCCGGAGCCCCCUCCUCCUCGUCCGCCUGACACUGACUGAGCGACCGAGUGAGCGGAGGGAGUCGGUGGUCGAGACCCCUCCACGGCCGACACUGCCAUCCAGAGACGGGGGGAGAAGAGACCAGGGACAUAGAGCCGGAGACUCAAAAAGAGGAACAUUUGAUGGAAGAAAAGAAAAAGAAAAAGCAGGAAGAAAAGAAGAAGAAGGAAGGUGCCCAGAAAAAGGCUGCUGAACAAAAAACCAAAGUGCCAGAACCAAUCAAGAUCAAUUCCAACCAGCCCCAGUCUGCUGCUCCCAGUACUUCCACCAGCACUGUCCAAAACAGCAAUGGCAAGCGAGCACCUGCUAACGGCCAGCAAACCGCAGCCUCCCGUUACCUGCCACGAGAGGUGCCUCCUCGCUUUCGCCAGCAAGAACAGAAGCAAUUAUUAAAAAGAGGACAGCCACUGCCAACUGGGACACUGACCAGUGCUAAUACAGGACAGGAUACUGGACAAACUGGGGCAAGCCCACCUCCACAGCAGGGGGCUGGUGGAGCUCACCACCCUGCAAAGACUCACUCUGAUCUCGGUCACAGUGGUCUCGGAGACCAUUAUGAAAAUUCCCAUUGGGGACCGCAGCCUACACUCAGAGGUGAAACCAGUUAUAGCUGGGAUAAAGUGAUAAUAGACAGGACUGACAAGGAAGCGUGGCCUUCCAUUACAGGAACUGAGACUGAAUCUGCCUCAGAAUGUACUACAGACACUGACUCUGCCUCCAACUGUGGCUCAGAGAAAAGUAGCAUGGCUACAACGAGUGCCCAAGGCAACUUCACUGGACAUACAAAGAAAUCAAAUGGCAAUAAUGGCGCCAAUGGAGCACUCAUCCAAAGCACUUCUAACCAGAGUGCCAUUGGAGCUGGUGGAGCAAAUGGGAAUGGAAACUUGGCAAGGGUUUGGGGUUCAGCGUCUGGCUCCAACGCUAGCAUUACACACUGCUCCUCCGGUGGUGGGGAAGGAAAGGUGGACAGCAUGAUUGGAGAGGGUAGAAGUCAGAACUGCUGGGGUUCUUCCAACUCAAAUACCGGCAUUAAUCUUAACCUUAACCCUAAUGCCAAUCCAGCUGCCUGGCCUGUGCUUGGACAUGAAGGGACUUUAAGCGGAGGUAACCCCUCAACUAUUUGCAGUCCAGUCAGUGCCAUAGGUCAGAAUAUCAGCAACCAGAAUGGAAACGCUUGGAGAAAUUUGCAGUCACAAGAGAGCACAGAACCACAAACGUCCACUUCUCAGAAUGUGUCUUUCAGCAUACAACCUCAGAACCUUAACACUGAUGGACCAAAUAACACUAACCCCAUGAAUUCUUCACCAAACCCCAUUAAUGCAAUGCAGACGAAUGGACUGCCCAACUGGGGAAUGGCCGUCGGAAUGGGGAGCAUCAUCCCACCACACCUGCAAAGCCUUCCUGGUGCUAAUGGUUCAGUUUCUCAAGUCAGUGGGGUUGGUGGCGACAGCACAGGCGGUUCAGUCUGGGGUUUAUCACCAGGUGUCCCUGCUUCUGGAAACUGCAGUUCUGGGUUCAAUCAGGAAACUGGAGAUACUGCUAGUACAGCAGUAAACGCUAAACAGAACGGAUCUGGGUGUGUAGCUCAGAAAGAUGGCACAGGGGUUAGUGCAUGGGAUUCAGGACCACCUACCAGCCCAGGAGUACUGGCAUGGGGCCGAGGGAGAAGCAAUGGAAAUAUGCAUUCUGGACCUUGGGGUCAACAAAAUCGUGGCACAAGCAGCAACAUGAAUGGUGAAUGGGUUAAGACUCCAAACCAGCAUUCCAGUAAUGACAUCAAUGGAAAAGGAUCUACAGGGUGGGAUAGUAUUACCAUUCAGAAUCCUCCUCAGCAGGGAAGUGAUCAAAUGAACUCAAGGGCCAAAUCUGUCUCAUCGGGGACAUCGUCAAAUGACAGUACUGGAAAUCCAAAUGAAGGAAAGGUGGGAGAAUCUCAGAGAGGAGACAAGGGUUUGCCAGAUCAGGGGCAGAUGCAGUUGCCAAGACAAGACCUUGAUCCAAGGGUCCUCUCCAACACAGGCUGGGGACAGGUCCCGGUUAAGCAAAAUAUUGCAUGGGAAUAUGAUGAAUUUCAGCGGCCAGACAAGAAGACUAUUGGGACUGAAGCUUGGGCCUGUACAAAUGCACAGCCCUCAAACUCAGGGGGGAAGAGUGAAGGGUCCAUCAUGAACAGUACAAAUACCUCUUCAGUAUCAGGAUGGGUCGGCCCCCAACCUAUAUCUGCUCCUGUAAAUGCAAGUUGGGUAGAAAAUAAAGCGCCAAAUGGUCCAGGGGGUUGGGGAGAUCCUGCAAGCUCUACUGUCGUCAAUGCUGCUGCCAAAAGUGGUCACGCUUGGAGCGGGUCCACUAAUCAAGAGGACAAGUCUCCUACUUGGAGUGAGCCUCAGAAGUCCAAACCCCAAGGCUGGGGAGAUGGGCAGAAAUCAAAUCCCAGCUGGCCAACUGGUGGGGGAGACUGGAAUGAUGUGCCUCCCGUUCCAACACACAUGACUGAUGGAAAGAAAAAUGCAGCUGUAUGGGAUGCUGAUGGAAAGGCUGGAACGAGGUGGAGUGAAAAUUCACGGUCUGGGACCAGUGGGUGGGGAAAUGGCACAAGCACUAAGGCAAAUCCGGGUACAGGCUGGGGGGAACCCAUGAAAACUCCUCAGCAAACCUGGGGUAACAAACCCCAAGACAACAAUGUGAGUGGUUGGGCAGGAGCUGCAUCUGUAAAACAGACUGGAUCUGGAUGGGUUGGCAGACCAGUGCCAUCACCAUCUACAGCUAAGCAAAAGGAUGCAAAUGUCGAUUCCAGUGGCUGGGAGGAGCCUUCACCACCGUCCAUACGCCGUAAAAUGGAAAUCGAUGAUGGUACCUCAGCUUGGGGAGACCCGAGCAAUUACAACAGUAAAACUGUAAAUAUGUGGGAUAGAAAUAACACCGUGGUUCAGACUGUCCAGUCCCCCAACUCCAACCCCACCCCAAUCUCUCCUCCAAGUACUAGUUUGGUUGAACCACAGCCACCUCAUCAGUCAAGUGCCCAGCAAAGCCGAUCCCCUUUACUAGGUCCAGGCUGGGGAGACAUACCUCCCGUCCAUUCAAAGACUGAAGCCUCUUGGGGGGAACCUCCUUCUCCGUCUGCUGCAGUUGACAAUGGGACUUCAGCAUGGGGCAAGCCUUCUAACAGUGGUUCUGGUUGGGUGGAUGGCUCUACAGAAUCUCCUGGAUCCUAUGGAAGGACAAGUGCUCAGACUGCUGCCCCUGUGCUGUGCAAACCAGCUCCAAAAUCUAUGCAAGAAAGCUGGGGAAGUGGAGGAGAGGAAGUGGGCCUCAGCCAGUGGGAGGAUGAGGAAAAUGAUAUGUGGAAUAAUGCUGCUUCCCAAGACAGUAACUCCUCCUGCAAUUCCUGGGGCAACGGCCCCAAGAAAGGACUUUCCAAGGGCAUGAAGACCCCAAAUAAGUCUGAUGAGGCCUGGAUUAUGACCAGAUUGACUAAACAGCUUACUGACAUGGGCUUUCUGAAAGAGCCUGCGGAAGAGGCCUUGAAGAGUAACAACAUGAACCUGGACCAGGCCAUGAGUGCUCUCCUGGAAAAGAAGGUGGAAAUGGACAAGCGUGGAUUGGGAAUGGCUGACUAUAAUGCUAUGGUCGCCAAGCCCCUGAGCUGCCGCCCACCACCGAUCUCCAAAGAGUCUUCCAUGGACCGCCCCACUUUCCUAGAUAAGCUCACCAUCUCUCUCUCCAAUCAGGAUGGCGGCCUAAUGGAAGAGCCCUCUACUUCACCAUUUUUGCCUUCACCAAGCCUGAAGCUCCCCCAUCCAAAUAGCGCACUCCCUAACCAGGCCAUUGGUGGCAUGACACCAGGCCUAAACAUGCAGAACUUGAAUUCCUCUAGACAGAUACCGAGUGGCAAUCUGGGCAUGUUUGGCAAUAGUGGAGCAGCACAAGCCAGGUCCAUGCAACAGCCACAGCAGCCACCAGUGCAACCUCUCAACUCAUCCCAGCCUAGUCUUCGUGCUCAAGUGCCUCAGUUUUUAUCCCCUCAGGUUCAAGCACAGCUUUUGCAGUUUGCAGCAAAAAACAUUGGUCUCAACCCUGCACUAUUAACCUCGCCAAUUAAUCCUCAGCAUAUGACCAUGUUGAACCAGCUCUACCAGCUGCAGCUGGCGUAUCAGCGUUUACAACUCCAGCAGCAGAUGUUACAGGCUCAGCGUAAUGUUUCCGGACCCAUGAGACAACAGGAGCAGCAAGUUGCACGUACAAUCAAUAACAUGCAGCAGCAGAUACAGCAACAUCAGCGCCAGCUAGCCCAGGCCCUGCUUAUGAAGCAGCAGCCUCCCCAUCCUCAUCCGCCAUUACAUCCUCCUGCAGGCAAGUCAGCACUGGACGGCUUCUCCCCCCACUCUGCUGGGUCAAGCCUGACUGACCUGCACACCAAAGAACAGCAGCCUUCUUCUAAUACCUACUCUCCAUACCCAGUUGUUCCUGGAUUAAAUCCCACCAUGAAUGUAAGCACUAUGGACAUGACUGGCAGUCUGUCAGUGAAGGACACAUCCCAGUCUCAGUCUCGUCUGCCUCAGUGGACUCACCCCAACUCUAUAGACAGCCUGGCAAACUCUUCACCUCUCGACCCUAGUCCUGGCAAACCGAGUAACCUGCCUGGGAACCUAACCAUUGGCCCUCCUGUAAAGCCAUCUAUAGAGGACUCCUAUAGCCGGUACGAUCUUCUCCCAAGCAAUGAAUCCCCAACAAGUCCCCCUGUUGCUGUUCCUGAUAGCUGGCCACGUGCCAAAUCUGAAAAUGAGAAAAUCUCCAAUGGAUCCAGUAUUAACUGGCCUCCUGAAUUCCAUCCAGGAGUGCCUUGGAAAGGAUUGCAAAGUAUCGACCCCGAGAAUGAUCCUGAUGUGACCCCUGGAAGUGUCCCUACUGGACCCACCAUUAACACCACCAUCCAGGAUGUAAACCGCUAUCUGCUGAAGAGUGGAGGUAUCACACUUUAUGUGAUCAAGCCUUUACAUGUGUGUCACAUUGCGCUGGGUUUAAGGUUUAAAGUGAAAGCCUUUUCUUCUUCGAUAGCAAAACUGUCUGAUAUAAAGUCCACCUGGUCGUCAAGCCCCAUCUCUCACACUCAAGCGUCCUUGUCUCAUGAGCUGUGGAAAGUACCUAGAAACACUACAGCCCCAACUCGACCUCCACCUGGGCUGACCAAUGCCAAGCCUUCCUCUGCCUGGGGUUCAAACCAACUGGGCUGGACCAGCUCGUACUCAACAGGUUCUACUUGGAGCACAGACAGUUCAGGAAGAUCUAGUAGCUGGCUGGUUCUACGCAAUCUUACACCCCAGAUUGAUGGUUCUACACUGAGGACGCUGUGUCUGCAGCAUGGCCCUCUGAUUACAUUCCAUCUGAACCUUACUCAAGGCAACGCCGUGGUCAGGUACAGCUCAAAGGAGGAAGCCGCAAAAGCCCAGAAGUCCCUACAUAUGUGCGUCUUGAGUAACACUACUAUUCUGGCAGAGUUUGCUGGUGAAGAAGAGGUGAAUCGUUUCUUGGCACAAGGGCAGUGUUUGCCCCCCACUUCCAGCUGGCAAUCUAACACUGGGAAUAGUCAGCCUCGACUAGGCGGAGGCGGGGGCUCUCACAACAUGGUGCGCAAUGACACCGCCCACUGGAACCCUCCUUGUUUAAGCAGCAAGGGAAACAAUGAUCUUCUUUGGGGCAGUGUCCCCCAGUACUCCAGCAGUUUGUGGGGCCCUCCAGGUUCAGACGACGCAAGGAUCAUUCGCAGCCCGACACCUCUCAACACUCUGCUCCCAGGAGACUUGCUGAGCGGGGAAUCCAUGUGAAGAAACGUUGCACUUAGAUGCUAUGAAUUUCUAAAUCAUCAGCACGAACUGAAAACUUCAAAACCAAUAAUAUCCAGUCCUUUCCAGUCCAGGCUUUGUGAAGACUUCAUCUUCUUCAGACCCACGUCUUCUCUCCAUGCAGUAUCUUCUCAUCCUCCCCACCGCACCCUUGUGAACUGUUCAGAGAAACAGUAUGGGGGCAUAGGAGGGGAAGGGGAGGGUUCAGGAGGAAGGGGAAGGGUCUGUCUCUUAGUACAAGUGGUCAAGCAAUUUUCUUAAGUUUUUAAAGUGUUCAAAGAAGAUUAAAAAAAAGAAAAUGAUCAACGCUGCUUUUGCUGGGACUCAAAAGUAAGGGCACUUUUCAUAUGACAGGGCUGGAGAGGGUUGUUUUUAGGGCAGGGGCUGAGUAGUAGGGUGGGAUCAUAAAAGCCUAUUUUGAAACAAGCCUUGGUCCUUUUUAUGCACAUCAGAUGGGGCCCGUCAGUCAGAGGGGCAGAAGCAAGAUCUGCAUAUUCUUGUCAUUCUGUAUGAAGUCAAUAUUGGUACGGAAACAAAGGAAUGAAGGCUCUAGUUUGACACCCCCCCCCCCCCCUUUUUGGAUCUGCCUAUGCACAUACCCCUUGUCCAGAGCCUUUGCUCCUGUUUUAUUUUUCGUUCAGCCCCCUCAAAAACUUCUUCUAAAGCUUCAUAUCAGUCAUUAGAUAUACUUGAAUUUAGCAGAUCUUCUCCAUGUUUGCUUCUGUCAGGGUUUUGGGCCUCAGCGAUAGUUUGUGUAAGUGUCUAUGCACUUUCAAAGGGGCACGUCGCAUGAUUUCCAAAAAGUGACAUACAGUAUAAAUGUGUGGACAGGUUCCUUUCGGAAAUCCAUCCCUUUUAUUUUAUUUUUUCUCCCCCUAUAUAACUGUUUGCUAUUACCACCCACAGUUCUGUGCACAACAAAUCUAUAAGCAGUUCAGGGGGGAAUUUUUUUUUAAUUUUUUUUUAAUUUUAUUUGUGUGUUAUAUUGAGUUUAUUAUUGCUUUAUGCUUUAGGUCAGUUUUGAAAUAGAUUUAUCUUGUACUUAUAUACUUUUAUCUUCACCUUUGCACUGAAAUUUUCAAGGCCGCAUCCAGACCUUUGCGGAAAACAUAUAUGUAUAAUGAUAUAUCUGUUUGUGCAUACAUAUACACAUAUAGAUAUAUUCGAAGAGCGUGGAAAGAGGGACAGAGUUAACACGUAUCUAUGUUUACUCAAGGACUUAUUUUUCGAAGAAGAAAAAAAAAUUGCAGCGUGCUUAUCUCUGAAGAAAAACUCACAAACAGUUGUCUACCUUUCCAAUGAUUCUUCUUUGAGGGGGGUAAUGCAUAUUUAUGGACACUUGUAUCUACUUGGGGGAGGGGGACAUUUGCUUUGGCUCUUGGACUUGUAAACUGGAGCAGCCGCCACGAGCAGAUCCCCAAAAGGAACACUGCAGAAUGCAGGUUUUGAACUGCGUCUAAAUGCAGAAGCCUCUCCUGGCUCUAACCUGUUUACAAAACUCUUUUUGUUUUAUGUUACUGUGUUUCCUGUUUUUUUUUUUUUUUUUUUUCUCUCUCUCAAAAAAAAAAAAGUAAGACUUAAAAAAAAAAAAGCAAAAAAAAAAAAAAGUAAAAUAAAAAAACAGGAAAAAAAAUUACUUCCAUUGAAUUUAAAAACUCUAUUUUCAAAUAGCUAUUCCUUUACAUCUCGGGGAAAGUACCAGUGUUUUAUUAAAGAAAAACAAAAUAACUUUAGCCAUCGCUGUGCAGCAUUUUAUUUUUCCCCCCUUUUUUUAUAUUUUAAAUUUUUUGUCAAUUUUGUUUUCCUGACGUGAACAAAAGUCAAAAAACAAAACAAAAACUUCUUUUUUUUUUUUAAAUCACUAUCUUGCACAUCGUGGAUAUCUUUCUCAGGAAAAUGUGACAUUUCCAGAGGAGUAGAACACCACAAAAAAAAGACAAAAAAAAAAAAAAACAUUUCAUUGUAUUUUUAAGAAAAAGGAGAAAAAAAGGUAUUAAAAAAACAAACAAAUAAAUGAAAAGAAAAUGUAAAAAAAGAUGAAAUGAAAACUAGAUUACCCGGCUUCAAGCACUGAAAAUGGAAGGGGGAAAGAACGGAACACGUACAAGAGGAAGGCAAACAAUCCCUGUUUGUAGCAGUUACCUAAUUACCAAAUAAUGGACUCGAAAUGUUUCAAGAGUGCUUUAUAUGUUUGAAAAAAAAUAUAUUGCUUUAUGUUGAAUCAAAAACUGAUUUUCUUGUCUCUAAGUUAGAAGAAACACAAAAAAAUAAAAAUAAGAAUAAGAUACUUUUCCGAGGAGCUGAUGAAAAUACCUUUUAUUACAAACACAGCCUGUAACAUAAAGGAGGCCAAACCUUUCCCGUUUCAAUUUUUCUCGGGGAUGGUCCAUUUUGGUGUCACUAAAUGGGCAAGAUGGACUUUGAGCGAUUGGCUUUAAGUGGAAUUGUAUGGUUUGGAUCUCUGCCAUGGCUGGUGCCAUCUCUAACGGCCCAUGAAUUGUUUCCUUGCGGUACUGGAGCAGUUUAUAGGAUCCUGAUAUAUGCACAAGCCAAGUUUGAGACAGAACUACCAUUUUGUUUUGUUUUUUUGUUUUCUUUAGCUUACUAGAUUUUUAAUCUAAAACUAAUUUGUCCUGUGCAAAUAUUGAACGUCCCUUUCUCCCCCUUCUGGCAAAGCAGAUGGGGGACAAUGACUUCAGACAGUACAACCUGUGUAUUGUAGCCCCGUUUUAUGUGUGAGGGUUUCUUCAUCAGUUAAUAUUGUAUGUGUUACUUCAUAAUGCUACCUCUGUCUGCCAUACACUGCCCCUAGACGGGCGGAGGAACAGACUGUGACACGGGAGGGGGGGGGUCUCUUCUCCUCUCUCAUCUUCUUACACAAUUAGAAUUUGUCUGUUACAGGCACUGGGACAAUCCUUAAAAUUGUGGCACUCCAUUGGUUUUUCGAGCUUAGUUGUUUUUUUUUUUUUUUGUUUUUUUUUAUACUCUAUGUGCAUUACGUUGCUGAUCUCUCCAGCGCUUACUUGUGCUUUUUAUGAUAUAUUGUUUUAACGUAUAAGGCGAGAAGGUUAAAGGUUUACAAAGUGAGCGGAGUGUCUGACACGACUUCUUUCUGUAAAGAAGAUUUGUUUCACUAAUUUCUGUUGGAUGCAAUAUUGUCCCAAAGAUUUUAAGUAAAAAAAAAAAAACAAAAAAAAAAAAGUUUUACUGCCCUUUAUCUCUCUAGCUGCAUAAGGGUUAUUUGGUAAUACACAAGUUCUACUGUACUAGCAAGGCAGGUUGUCUGAUGUGGGCACACAGCGGGAAAGUGCAUGACGCUAUUGAUUGUGUACAAGAAAAUGUUAACUGUUCCUACGUGUGACGCAUCCAUCUGCCGUUCCUCUUUCCUCUGUAUUUGUCUGCAGGAAUUCUGUACAAAAAAUAAAAAAAAAAUUUUUUUUUGGGGGGGGGGGGGGGGGGGGUAAACUGCUAACCACUUUUCUGCCAGUUCAACCAACAACGCAGUGCACUAGUAAUGUAUUGUAAUGUGCCCCUUGCUGACAGAAAAGAGGUUCAAGAGCACUUUUUGUCAUCUGUUGUGAGGAGCGAUU